AUGUCGUUCCCUUCCACGACGACGGAUUGGCAAGUCCGCGCAAUCGAAGGCAUGCAAUUACUUCUCCCAUUUUUGGCCGGAUUAUCCUAUAUUGUAGCAACUGCUGUUGAAUGCGUCGUAUCCCAAAACCGAAACUCACGGCCAGUGCGACAAGCGGUCCGCAAUGCUAUCCUAUCUUUGAUGGUAGUUGUCCUCACCUCUUACUGCAUCAGCGCUGCACUGUUAUGUUCUACUUUUGACGGAAGCCGGCCCAUCUCCGACGAUUCUCUCUUGUUCUCGCUUUGGUCAAUACUGUUAUGGGCUUUCUUAACUACUCAAUUUGCCACCAGUAAUCCUAGAGUUGGGUAUCCCUUAUGGAACUGUUGGGUUAUUUAUUUGACUGGCGAGUCAGCUCUUCUCAGUUUGCAGUUAUCGGCUCAUUUACCGAUUCAUGGGGCCAUAUUGGCUCUGCAAGUCGUACGUCCGGUGGCUUUGUCGAUGCUCUGUGCCCUUGUCCUAGUGCAACCAUUGACCAAACAGAAGACAGAGGUCUACGGACGAGACGAUUAUAGGGUUGAAGAAAAUCGUCCCCUGCUGCAUGGUUUCCAGAGUGAUACAUCUUAUUCAUCAGUCAGCAAUACCGAUUCAAGCAACAAUGAGUCAAGUCAAGGCACGACCUCAAAGGAGAUAUCGACCUUAUCACAGAGCUCAGAAGUACUGAAGUUUCUCGUGCCUCUGUUGUGGCCGAAGCGCCGACUCGGGCUACAAUUACUGGUCAUAGUCGUUGGUCUUUGCUUGAUUACUGAACGUCUACUGGUGGUCUAUGUUCCUAUCCAGUUGGGUACAAUCACCAACACUUUGACUAAAGAGAAGACCCUGCCGUGGCAGCAGAUUACAACCUUUGUUUUCCUGCGACUACUUGAAUCCAGCGGUGGUAUUUCGGCUCUGAGAGUAUACAUGUGGUUACCACUAGAGCAGUACACCUACCAACGGAUAACAGUGACUGGCUUCAAUCACGUUAUGGAUCUUUCGUGCGACUUUCACGACAACAAAAGUUCGGGUUCAGUGUGGCAUGCGCUCAACCGUGGAACAAUCGUUCAGAACGUGGUUCGCAAGGUGUUAUUUCAGUUUCUACCAACGAUUUCUGACCUUUUUAUCGCGGUAACUGUGCUACACGUCACAUUCGGCCCAUAUAUGGGCCUGAUCACUGCGGCGAUGAUAGGGCUUUUCCUAUGGUCCUCCAGCACCAUAUCGGAACUGCAAAAAGCAAACCGUACGAGAUACAUUGCAUCGAUCAAGAAGGAAGUCAAUAUUCGCUGUGAGGCAACAAAUAACUGGCUCACUGCCACCUAUUUCAACAAGAUCGAUUAUGAAAAGCAGCGACAUUCUUUCGCAGUCAAUGAUCGUCUCGGCUCUGAACUAUCCGUCCGUCGAUGGUGGCGUACGGAGAACGUUGUGCAGUCCUUGAUCCUGUCGCUAGGGUUGAUAUGUGCUUGUUUUAUAGCCAUUUAUCAAGUCUCCAACGGCACGAAACCGGUUGGGAGUUUUGUUAUGCUGCUUGGUUAUUGGGCUCAGCUCUCCAGUCCACUCGAGCUCUUCUCUAAUGGGUUUACUUCCAUCAAACUUGACUUGGUAGAUGCUGAGGAAUUUAUGGGUCUCUUGAAGAAGGUACCGUCCAUCACAGAUAAACCCGGCGCAAGCGAGUUACGAGCUCAGACAGGCACUGUCAGCUUCAACAAUGUGUCAUUUUCAUAUGACAAGAAACGUCAGGCGCUCAAUGGUGCUACAUUCACAGCCCAGCCAGGGCAGACUGUGGCAUUGGUUGGAGAAACAGGGAGCGGCAAGUCAACUACCUUGAAACUGUUACUUCGUCUCUAUCGUCCAGAUUGGGGGUCGAUUGAGAUCAAUGGUCGGAAUAUAUCCGAUGUUUCACUUCAGAGUUUACGAGAUGCUAUCGGAGUUGUCCCUCAAGAUCCUGUACUUUUCAACGAUACUUUGUUCAACAACCUGAAAUAUGCAAAUGAAACAGCUACUGUUGAGGACGUUCACCGUGCUUGCGCAGCGGUGAGGCUUCAUGAACGAUUUCUCAGCUUUCCAGACGGCUAUGAAACAAUUGUCGGGGAACGAGGCAUCAAGCUUUCUGGAGGGGAGCUUCAGCGUGUAGCAAUAGCUCGGGUACUACUCAAAGAUCCCAGUUUUGUGUUUUUGGACGAAGCAACUAGCGCUGUUGAUAGCGAGACCGAAGCACACAUCCAAUACAGCCUAGCUCAACUCACCACAGGGAGGACAACAUUGGUCAUAGCGCAUCGUCUAUCAACAGUCAUAAAUGCAGAUCAGAUACUUGUGCUCAAAGACGGAAGCAUAGUUGAACGAGGGACCCAUCAAUGCCUCAUCAAGCGAAACGGCUACUAUUGCCGGCUGUGGAAGCACCAGGCUGGCUUUGAUACGAAGACAAAUGGGUCAGUCCUGAAGCCUGAGGCUCCAGAGUUUGUUCCUAUGGGGAUGAAAUGA